CAAAGACAAAAGGUGACAGAAAACAACAUCGCAUGUACAGAAACUGAGGAGUAGUCAGUAAAGCUGCAAUAAUGCACAAUGUUGCCAAAACAAUCAUGGUGACAUGUAACUGACUACUUCUCAGUUUCUGUACAUGCGAUGUUGUUUUCUGUCACCUUUUGUCUUUGCAAACUGUUUUUUGUAUAUUUCACGCACUUUAUUGUUCUUUUUACGUUUGUGUAUUGCCCCACCCACAUGCUUUAAAAUGGUUGUGUGGUUUGUUUCAUUCACUUUGAGAAAGGCUAGGGACCUAGCCGAAACGUUAGUUUUUUUUUUUCUGUUAAAAUAAAAACCUUUUUUUCUCCAUAAGUCCUGUGUGUGCUAGCUUCUUUUGAGCCAUUGUAAAUGCGUAGCUCUGCACCCAGGCACCUUAUACCAGUAUAAUGUGCCGGCAUUUCUACCGUUGGCGUCCGCACUCGCUAUACUUCAGUGUUCCACUUCCGGGUGCUGUGUCAAUGUUGUAUCAUAGAAGAAAAGCUGUUGCGGCACGCACUCCGGUUCAAUAAAAUUUAACUUUAAUUUAUCUUGAGUGAUACAUAAUAAAAGUAUCAACGUUUCGGUCCAUGGUCUGGGACCUUUGUCAAGAUGCAUUAACUCAUUUAAAAACAGAUAAUGAAAAUGUCAAUUAUAAAGGUUUAACAAAUCCCGCCUUGUUGCUGACAUCACACACAAUUAUGUUGUGGGGGCUAAUUAAACAAAACCAAAAAAGGCAAAGUUAAACUAAGAAGCAAAAAUGAUGAGAAAAGUAUAAAAAGUAACUACAAAUGAUUAAAAGCAUAUUAUCUUUUAGCCAAAAAGCAGCUAUAUGUGCAGUACUCAUUCAGACCUUUAGGAGAGAGGGUAUCUAGUGUUUUUAUCCAAAAGGUUUCGCGUUGAAGGAGAAGACGAGAUCUGUCUCCACCCCUUCUGGGCAUAGGUAUAUGGUCAAUCGCAAUAAAUUUCAGUGUUGGGACUCUAUGGCCCACCUCUAAAAAAUGUUUGGCCACCGGUUUAGUGGUUUUUUUAUCUCUAAAGGCUGUUUUGAUUGCUGAUCUGUGAGCAUCAAUACGAAGUCGCAACAUUAAAUCUGUUUUGCCCACAUAUGAAAGCCCGCAAGGGCAAGUGAUAAGGUAAAUCACAUGCGUUGUAGUGCAUGUUAUGUGAUGGCGAAUCUUAUAUCUAUGGCCAGUUAAGGGGUGUACAAAACUCGUACCUGGUGUCAUAGAUCUGCAUGACAAACAGGAUGGGCACUUAAAACACCCUGGUUUAUUGGAGGAUAGCCAAGUAGUUGCUGUUUGGCUCUCACUAUAACAGUGAACCGGGUCACUGGAUACUAAGAGGUCACGGAGACUUAGUCCACGUCGAAAACCCAUCAUAGGUGGAUCAGGGCCAAUUUGUCAUCUGCUUUAAUGAUAUGCCAAUUGGUUCUAAAAGCUUGAUUGAGAGAGGAGGACAUGUUAGUAAAGCAUGUUGACAUUAUAAGCGGACUUAUUUUUGGAAUAUAGUCAUCUGAUUUUUGUUCAGAAAUUUUAAGUCUCGCUUUCUGUAGUGCCUCAUCUAGUAAUUUAGUGUCAUAUAUAUAUAUAUAUUUGGCCACUACCUAAAUGGUUCCUUUACAUUUUUAAAGUUGGUUUCUAUUUUCUAAUUAUUUUCUGUGUGAGGCUAAAUCUCUUUUUUUUUUAUUUUUGAAGAUUCUAUAUUAAUUUCAAUACAAAUAUCAGGGAUUUAGAAUUAUGAAUAAUUCUAGCAUUCAGGGUAGAACUUUUUGUAUUUUAUUCAUUCAUUUAUGUAGCAGCACAAAUGGAUGCAGUGCUUUGCAAGGCAGAAAUCCAAACAGGGAUGCAGUUAUUAUAAAAUACAGUGAGAAUAAAUACUACAAUGCUAGGAGUUCAAUACACAGUUGCAAUGCUCCAAAGAGCUUAGUCUAUUAAGAAGAGUGUACGGUCCUGGGGAGGGGAACAAGUGCACAGGUCAAAGGCGUGUGGCUGGAGAGGAAACAGAGUGAUUUUUAAGGAGCUUUAAAGGAGAACCAAACCCCAACUAAUGAAAUCCCCUACCUUCUAUAGUCCCCCUUCGGCAAUUUCUGUGGCUUUGGCUCAUGUUCAGUUGUUGGGGACCGGACCACUGCUACAACUGCACAUGUGCCAAUACGGCACUUACUGAAGAUUCCUGAAGCGGUGAAGAUGGCCCCCAUGAGCUCCACUGCUCUGACUCUACUUUGAGGGGCUUCAUUUACCUCAAAUGGACUGCUAUGUAAUUCAUGAGGUUUACGACGGUGACUUUUCCCAAGAACAAUUUGAAGCAGAGCUGGAUGCGGCCCUGGAGCACCAGUAUCGUUAUAUUGUCAUUGAGCCUGCAAGGCUGGGAGAUGAAACUGCCCGGUGGAUUUCAGUGGGUAACUUCCUGCACCGAACAUCCAUCGUAACAGGAGCUGUCUGUCUAUUGUCACCUCUUGGUCUACCUCCUAACUCUGCUUAUUACUUAGGGCUGCCAGCUGGAGCAAUAAGUGUGGCAUGUGCUGCUCUUUAUGGUGUCUCUUGGCAAUCUGACCCAUGCUGCCAUUAUCAGGUGGAUUACAGCGGGCGUGAGCUUGCACUUUUGCCACCUGGGACCUUGAGGACUUCUUCUCCAGUUGUUCUGGUUCGGACGGAGAAUACUCAGCGGAAGCGACUGCAUAAUGUUAUUGCACUGACUGCCCUUGCAUAUUGUGUCCAGAAGCUUUAUGAGUUGUGCACAGACUGAAUCUUCUAAAAGUCCUUACAAUUAGCUUAUUUGCCAAAAAAAAAACAUCUAACACUGCUCAAAGUAUAAAGCAUUGUUGCAAUGUUCAUAAUUUCUUUGCUGCACUGGGAGAAAACAAGGUUACAGUCUGGAAAAGAAACACCUUUGCAGGAUACAAAUGCACGAUGCUUGUUGGAAGACCUAAGGAUUGAAGUUAUAAAGUUACUUGUGUAUAUGAUAACCUUAGGGAUUAUUUUAAUAAUACGUCAUUCUGCCAUGUUACAGUUUGUCCUUGAUCUUCCACCUGCUCAAAGAUUGUGGGAGUUGUAGUUUAACAACUGUGAGUACUGGAGUUAAAAACCCAUGGUUUAGAUCUGCAGCAAGACUUCAGUUGCCAAUGGAAAGACUUCUGAAGUCACAAGAUGAGGUGAGGCUAGCAGAUAGCAAUUAGUGUCCAUAUAAAACAGUUGUUUAAAGGGAAAGUAAAGCAUAGUGUAAAUAUAUGUUUGCUCUACUGACAUAAGGCUACAUUGAUGCUUUCCAUAUCCUACAGUCCCGUGCCUUCCCCGCUGGAUUUCAAUAACAUGAUUCUCCUUUUGUGUAUGUGACACUUGGUGCAGAUCUGGACUGGGAGUCAAAAUAGGCCCUGGCAUUCCAAGUACACAGAGGCCCAAAUAGUCCUCCACCAGCCAACUUAAUAGUGAUUGUGUAUGAGACCUUACAGCAGCCCCUCUGGCAUUUGCCAGAACCCACAGAUUGCCAGUCCGGGCCUGCACUUGUGCACCAAUACCCUGUACCUCAGGGUAGUUCCCCUGUGUUUGUGUUUUGCCCCUGGUGAUUAUGUUAAUCAGGGACAAUAGUAAGUGCCAUAUGGUUGCAAAUCAUUGAAAGGAUGGGGGGAGGCAUUGUUGCAAGGCUAUAUUUACUGAUAUUUAAUAUCAGAUUUACUUGUCCUGUAAAGUGAAUGCCAGAAAUGGCGUUAAUACUGCCUGUGCCUCACGGCAUUAACUUUAGGGGCAUUUACUAUAGUCCACCUGCUCCUGUGCAUAUAGGGAGGAUUUUGGCCAAAAACACUUGUGUGCUUUGCAGGCCUAUAUCUGUCCUGUGUGCACAGGGAUAGGCCGUUGUUAGUGAAGUCAAUGGCAAAAAACAACAGCGGGAAAAAAACAUGUCUGGCAUUACCCUAACGGUGGUGGCAUGCGGGGAGAUUAGUCGCCAAGUGACAAAUCUUCUCUACUGCGGGCAACUAAUCUCCCUGGCAAGAAUGCGAAUCGCUGGCGGGAUGGCAUACGUGUCGCUUUGUUUCCUGAAGGCAACUUUGGAAAACUGAAGCGAUACAUAUGCCAUCCCGCCAAUGAUUCGCAUUCUUGUCGGGGAGAUUAGUCACCUGCAGUAGAUUUGGCGACUAAUCUUCAGGUGUGCCACCACACAUUAGUCAAACAUUAGGCUCUUUUUUUUUUUUUUCCAUUACUUCUAGCCUUUUAGGGCAAUGGCACACUGGUAGAUAAGUGCGUGCAAUAAAUCUUCACUAAUGUAGUUCAUAGUGAUGCACCGAAACCACUAUUUUGGAUUUGGCCAAACCCCUGAAUCCUUCACGAAAGAUUCGGCCGAAUACCGAACCGAACCUGCAUAUGAAAAUUAGGGGUGGGAAGGGGAAAACUUUUUUUUCUUCCUUGUUUUGUGACAAAGCGUCACGCAAUUUCCCUCCCUGCCCCAAAUUUGUAUAUGCAAAUUUGGAUUCAGUUUGGCUAGGCAGAAGGAUUCGGCGAAUCCGAAUCCUGCUGAAAAAGGCAGAAUCCUGAACCGAAUCCUGAAUUCGGUACAUCCCUAAUAGUUCAUGCCCUCAUUUGCUUUUCCUGCUGUAGCUCAGUAAUAGGUUGGAGUGAGCAGUUUGAAAGUAUUUAAUAAAAUUAUCAGGUGCACAUAUGCUUUUUUUUUUAUACUGCUACAGAACAGAAGACAGUGUGUAUUGCACAUAGUUCUUUUCAGUAUCUAGAACAUUUAGGGGCAGAUUUAUUAAUGGACGAAUAGUAAAUUCGAAUUUUCAAAUAGUUUUAUGGUGUAAACAUUUACACAUUAGAAUUUUAAUCCCCCAAUUCGAAUGUAAAUUCGAAUGUGAGAUUUAUCACACCACCACCAUAUAAAAACGGUAUUCGCCAACUAACAUCUGCCCAGUUCAUUUACAAGUCAAUGCCUGAGGUCCAUUGAACAAUUUGAAUAUGUUAAUUGCAAUCAAGUUUUUUUCGGAGGGAAGACUUGAUUCAAAUGCGAUUCGAAUUUUUGGGUUGGGACUAUUCGAGCGAAUAUUAGACAUUUUACCCCCCGUUCGAGUUGAGUAUAUUUGAAUUUAUUAGAGAAAAAAAAAACGAAAAUUCUAAAUUCAAACUUUGAUCUGCCCAUAAAUAUAUGGUCUUGGUGUCAACAUGAUCAUUUGAAUUAGGUGGUUUCUUGUAUGCAAUGAGCUAGAAUUCUAUAUAGAA